GCGACCAAGGUGAUCUCAGAGGCGGAGUGUUUUCGUGCAGCGCGCCGAGCAACGGCGCAACCGCCAAGUUCAACCAUGCCGUGUCUAUUGAAGGCCAUAUCACUUGAUGGCGAGAUAUAGUGAAGCCUUGGACACUUUCGCCCCAAACCACUGCCAGUGGGUACUCACACACCUGCUCCACCGUGAACUGACUUCCAUGGUUGGGACUACGUCCGGCCUAGCUGAGCUUUCCGGCUGUCCGUGAUCGUGUUCACCAGGUAUUCGGGUGCUGGGUUGUACUGGGGUUGUCGGCGGUGGGCCGUGACCGAUGUACAUGUGCCCCCUGUUUUCAAGGAGGCGUUCACCAGCCAAACAAAAAGGGCGUAACUUACAUGCAUAUGCAUAGCACGUAAUUGCACUAAUUCAGAUCAGCAGCGGUCCCAUCUGGUUGAAGUUCAGCAAGGAGCACAUUCACCGUGCUCUAGCCCACGUUAUAGAGUUGAUCCACACGACGAGAGCGGUGCCGUAAAAAGAGGGAACGACAGGGUCCAGCUGUUCCCCGCUUUCUACCGCGCUUGUGCAAAACUGCAAAGAAGAGGCCCCCUACUACACGAUGGCGCAGACGGACCGCAAGGCGCUGGUUGCCCUAUACAACGCGACCGGUGGGGCUAUGUGGCCGAUCAAGCGAAACUGGAACACUCGUGUCGCCCUCUCGCAAUGGUACGGAGUCGAAGUCAACUCCCAGGGCCGCGUGGUGAAGUUGUCUCUGGCGGGCAACGACCUCCAAGGCCACAUCCCGCGGCAGCUAGGAGAUCUUGGCGCCCUCGAGACCCUCAACCUCGGAUUCAACAAGCUAGAGGGUNACUAG